UUUACAUGACAUAAAGCAUCGCUAUUUGGAGCACAGCCGGUCUGAAGAUGGGCAGGAUUAUCUUCUACGAGGACAAGAACUACCAGGGUCGCCGGUACGAGUGCGACAGCGACUGCACCGACUUCCACUCCUACCUGAAUCGCUGCAACUCGGCCCGGGUGGAGGGCGGCACCUGGGUGAUCUACGAGAGGCCCAACUACUUGGGCUACCAGUAUGUCCUGACCAGAGGCGAGUACCCCGACUACCAGAGCUGGAUCGGCCUCAACGACAGAGUCAGCUCCUGCAGGAUGAUCCACUUCGCCACUGGAGAUCCCUACAAGAUCCAGCUCUACGGUAAGGGGAACUUCUCCGGCGAGGCGUUUGAGGUGAGUGAAGACUGCCCCUCGGUGCUGCAGAAGUUCCGCUGGAGGGAGGUCCACUCCUGCAGGGUCCUGGGCGGCUGGUGGGUCUUCUACGAGCACCCCAACUAUAAGGGCCGCCAGUACCUGCUGGAGAAGGGCGAGUACCGCAAGCCGGUGGACUGGGGUGCUGUCUGCCCCACUGUGCAGUCCUUCAGACGGCUAACCGAGUAGCCGCUUGCCCCUCUUUAUUAUCGUUUUUUUGGUUGUCUCUGAUUGACACCUGAGGAACCCAAGAUGCAA